AUGCUCUAUGUUGUUGGAGAUAUGGAAGACCUAAAGGCGCAUGCUCGGUUCCACGCAAGCUACUUGAGUCCAGAAAUAAAGGUUUCUCGCUGGCAAAAUCAGGUAAUCCUGGAGGACUUCUUCGACGGUUCCCGCGUAAUUGAGAUCUCCCUAGCCGACCGUAUGGGCCUUCAACUCUAUACUAAAGUAGCUUCCUUCAUGAACCGCGAUCUGGGUCAAGAUUGCCCUCAAGGUGGGGUCAACACAAUUCCCCACCUCCCAUCCUACAUGCGAAUUUUUAUCUUCAUCGAGGGUGAAAAGAAAACCGCUGUUGGAUGCUGCAUUGCCGAGGAACUCACCUCUACCACCGUGGCUCAACGCGGUUACCAAAUACGACGUCUUGUAGGUGGUCUUCGCUCCCUCCUCUCGUGGCGCGUUCAGAAUCCUCUUGCUGUAUGGACCGAGCCGGUGGAAGGAAGCAAUAACAACAGCAACAUCGACCGAAUUACUUUUCCCCUGUGCGGCAUUCGGCGGCUGUGGGUGGCAUCGAAGCAUAGACGACGCGGUGUAGGAACCGUUUUGGUUGAAAGUCUGCUGAAGCACCUCGUCUACCUCACACACUUACCACGAUCUAAUGUCGCUUUUGCGGAACCCACUGCUAGUGGAGCUGAAUUCGCUGUCAGAUUUGUUGGUCGGGAGGAUUUUAUUGUCUACUGA